CCACCAAAACAAGGGCAGCAGCACUGAAACUUUGAAGAAAACAUGUCCAGAAAGACAUGGUCAAAUCCUGAAAUCCUGAGGCCGGGACUCGUCCAGCUGUGGUGGCCGUCAACGAAAACCGGAAAGCCAUGCAUGCGUGGUGGCUGAAUCUGAACGACUCUUGGGAUUGAAUGGCGCGCAGAGGAUGAUCAUCGCCAUUAGUGGAUGAUCGGUUCUUCCAUCCAGGGGUGGUUCGGCAGGUUGCAUUGAGGUGGUCGUGAAGAACAACAGGCAACUAGAGAGAUGUCUACGCUGCCGGGCUUCCUGUCCGUGCGCGUGCUGCGAGGGGCGAACCUUGUUAGCCGUGAUGCAAAGGGUAGCGAUCCCUAUGUUGUGCUCAACCUGGACGGCCAGAAACUGAAGACAGGCGUGAUCAAGAAGACGGUUAACCCAGUCUGGAACGAGGAUCUGACAUUAGCUGUCAAGAACGCAUCAACACCCAUCAAGCUGGAGGUCUUCGACAAGGACACCUUCAGCAAAGACGACCAGAUGGGCGACGCGGAGUUCGACAUCGAGGCGCUGAUGCAGAUCAUCCAGAUGGACCUGGAGGACAUCCGCAGCGGCACCGUGGUCCGCACCGUGCGCCCCGGCAGUCACUGCUGCCUGGCGGACGAGAGCCACAUCGUCUGGGAGAACGGCCAGGUGGUGCAGGACCUCCUCCUCAAGCUCAGGAAUGUGGAGACCGGCGUCGUGCACCUGCAGCUCAGAUGGGUCAGCAUCCCAGGCUGAAGAAACUGAACUGCUGUCAUUGAAUUUGCGCGAUAG